AUGUAUGGCUCCGAGUCUACCUCCGCCCCUAGGCCAGUCUUCGAGAUGGACAAAGAGGCGGAGGACAGGUUUUGCAGAUUCGUAGAGAGGAUGCCUCCUAAAAUGGACGGUAUGGUCAGACUAUUCGAUCGAGGGGACUACUUCUCAGCCCAUGGAUCAGACGCUAUCUACAUAGCCAACGAAGUAUUCAAAACGACCAAUGUCCUGAAAUACCUCGGUACACCUAAACCCUCCAAUUCAACUUCUUCCUCCUCCAAUUCGUUCGCUAAAGGUUUACCAUCCGUUACAAUCUCUACAUCACUCACCAAACAAUUCCUAAGAGAGGCAUUGACGAUCAAACAGAUGCGUAUCGAGAUAUACUCACCUGAAGAGAAAAUACCGGGAAGGAAAGAUAACACGAGAUGGACACUGAGUAAAUCAGGUUCACCGGGGAACCUCAUCCAACUUGAAGAUUUACUGUUCAACGAUCAGAGUCUUUCAUCUUCAAGUGUUAUCAUGUCAUUAAAGCUUCAAGUGAAGGAACAGUCCAAGAUCAUCGGGAUUGCUUAUAUAGAUAAUUCAGAGCGGUUGUUGGGUGUAGGGGAAUUUGUGGAGAAUGAUAGUUUUGGUAAUACCGAGUCUCUCCUCAUCCAGCUUGGCGUCAAGGAAUGUAUCAUGCAGUCAGACGAUAAGAAGACAGAUCAUGAUCUGAGCAAGUUGAAGACGCUGGUGGAAAGAUGCGGAGUGAUUGUCACUGAACGACGAGCCGCCGAUUACCAAGCUCGAAACGUUGAACAAGAUCUCAACAGGUUGCUACACGAAUCGUGUGCUGGUGUUGCACUUCCCGAGUUCGAUACGAAAAUAGCUAUGUCAUCAGCAGCAGCACUCCUCAUCUACCUCAACCUGCUCCAAGACAAGACCGCGCACGGUCAAUACCGAUUGCACAAACAUGAUUUAUCACAAUAUAUGAAACUCGACGCAUCAGCAUUGAAGGCACUGAACUUGAUGCCUCAACCGAACGAAACUGGUGGUAGCAAGAACAUGAGUCUGUAUGGGCUUUUAGAUCGAUGCAAGACGAGUCAAGGGAAGAGAUUAUUAGCUAGAUGGUUGAAACAGCCUUUGGUAAACCUUCAUGAGAUUGUACAACGUCAGAAUAUAGUAGAAGCGUUCGUUGAUGAUUCGAAUACUCGUUUGUCGAUACAGGAUAAAUACCUCAAAGUGAUGCCAGAUUUCCAUCGGAUCUCGAAAAAAUUCCAUCGACGAGUAGCGAGCUUGGAGGAGGUAGUCAGAGUUUAUCAAGCUGUGGCAUUGUUGCCCAAACUCAUCAACACUUUGACCGGUAUCGAGACUACCAAUCCCGCAGCUAAGGAUCUGAUAGAGCAAAUAUACCUCAAGCCUCUCCAGGAACACUCGUCGCAUCUCGAGAAUUACAUUCAGAUGGUAGAAGAUACGAUUGAUCUGGAUGAAUUGAAGAACCAUAAUAUCAUGCUUCGCCCAGAGUUUGACGAAAAUCUACAGCAGUUCAGGGCCCAGCUUCUGCAAAUACGGGAUCAGCUCGACGAAGAGCAUGUGCGAGUAGGUCGGGAUCUGGGUUUGGAUAUUGAGAAAAAAUUGCAUUUGGAGAAUCACCAGGUCUACAAAUACUCCUUUAGGGUUACCAAAGCUGAAGCUGGAACCCUCAGAGGGAAAAAGGGAUAUACGGAAUUAGCUACUCAGAAAUCGGGAACGAUCUUCAAUACGCGACAUCUCAAGGAAUUGAGCGAAGCGUAUUUCGACUUGCAGGGUAAGUACGAAAAGACCCAGAGACAUCUAGUCAAAGAGGUAGUUGGUAUUGCAGCUUCGUAUACGCCCAUACUGGAGAUCUUGGAUAAUCUGAUUGCUGCUAUUGAUGUGACUAUAAGUUUCGCUCAUGUCUCGGCCAAUGCUCCCAUACCAUAUGUUAAGCCCAUUUUGACAGAAAAAGGAACUGGCGAUGUUUUACUACAAAAUGCUCGACAUCCUUGUCUGGAAGUGCAAGAUGAUGUGACUUUUAUUCCUAAUGACCAUGAGAUGCGAAAGAACUCUUCUGAAUUCAUCAUACUCACUGGACCAAAUAUGGGUGGUAAAUCGACGUAUAUCCGACAAAUCGGCGUUAUAGCCUUGUUGGCCCAGAUAGGAUGUUUUGUGCCCGCGGAUCAAGCUCAAUUACCGAUUUUUGAUUGUAUACUCGCGAGAGUCGGGGCGGGUGAUAGUCAGUUGAAAGGUGUCUCGACGUUUAUGGCUGAAAUGCUGGAAACCGCUACUAUCCUCAAGUCCGCUACGAAGGAUUCGUUGAUUAUUAUAGACGAACUGGGAAGAGGUACUUCCACUUAUGAUGGGUUCGGUUUAGCCUGGGCUAUCAGCGAGCAUAUUGCAUCUCAGAUAAGAUGCUUCUGUCUCUUCGCGACUCAUUUCCACGAAUUGACGACCCUCGACCAAUCUCUACCUCAUGUCAAGAACUUGCAUGUCGAGGCUCUCGUGACUGACAAGACGGACAGAGAUGGGAAACAAGACAGGAAUAUCACGCUGCUCUACCAGGUCAAAGAAGGUGUCUGCGAUCAGAGUUUCGGUAUUCAUGUUGCGGAGUUGGCUAAUUUCCCUGAGAGUGUAGUGAGGGUCGCGAAGAGAAAAGCAGAGGAACUAGAAGAUUUCGGUGGCGAAGAUACCAACGAAUCCUUGACGAAAUAUACAAAAGAAGAGACAGAUCAGGGUACUUCUCUGGUAAAAGAUUUCCUGGAAACUUGGAAAUCACGUACUGGCCAGAGUGAGAAUGCCAAUGGAGGAGACGAAGAAACUAUGGGCCUGUCAGAUGAUGAUUUAUUGGCUGAGCUAAAGCAGACCGCGGAAGAGUUCAAAGAGAAAUUCGAGAGUAAUCCUUGGACAUGUGGGGUUAUGAGUACUUUCUAG